AUGAAAACAAUCUUAACAAUAUCAAUACUGCUAUUGGUAGCCUGCCAAAUUGGGCAAAGUACAAGUUGUAUUGAGUUGCUUAGUGGAAGCAGCCUUGGUCUAUUCUGUCCCUCCUACUUUGGAUCUCUUCCUCCGGAUAUUCCAUCUGAUAAGCUCUAUUCAAAACUCCAGAUUGAAUCUGCGAAUUUCCCCUACGGGGGAUCAGUACUUUCCAAAGAGAACUUCACCGGUUUGGAGACUCUCACAUACCUUCGAAUUACGUCUUCCGGUAUUGAGAGGAUAAAUCCUGAUGCAUUUUAUAACCUCAAGCAACUCACAUAUCUCGACCUCUCCAAAAAUCGCCUUACCUUCAUUGAAGGGGGCACAUUUAGAGGAUUAAAUCUGAAGAAACUCAUUCUCUCUGGAAAUAUUGGUCUUAAACUCGCAACCACAGCAUUUUCCGGGGCAAACAUUUUCAAUUUUGUCGCCAAAGAUUGUGAUAUUGGUUUCAUUUCUUACUCCACCCUCAAACAGGCUGGAAUUCGACACGUCAAUCUUGUGAAUAAUCGAAUCCGUUCGAUUUCAGAGGAGUUCUCAGACAUUAUUCAACCUUCGGAUGGCACUUGGGGAUCGAUUGACCUUUCAAACAAUAGUCUUGUUUGUGACUGUUCCCUACUUUGGUUGGCGCAACUCCUUGAAAAACAGAGGCGAUAUUUGGAGGGCACUUCCACCGAUCCUCUUGGUCCUCGAUCCUCAAGAUUUUCACGCGACACUAAGGAAGAGGAAGUGUUUAAACCCAUGUACCAAUUAAAUCUCACAUGUGUUGCCCCAAAGCAUCUAGUCAUGCAACGAUUCCCUCUUCCCAGUGAAUUCGACUGUCCUCCACCCCAAGUUACCGGAGUUGACAUCGCCAUUAUUGGAAAAUCCAUGGAUACAGUUCAACUCACGUGCCAUGCUAAAGGACGCCCAACUCCAAAUGUAGCUUGGGCUUUUCAACAGCAUAAUCAAGUUGUGCAUCGAAUUGUAAAGUCUCCAACUAAAGUCCAUCCAUGGAACAGUGAGCAAAUGUCAGAUGUGUCUAUUGGUCUGAAUGUCAGCCUUCGGGAGUUUCAAGCUCGAGAUUUCUCCUGUAUAGCUUGGACGGAUUCCGGCAUCGAUAAAUCAAUAUCGAAUUCUCAAGAUGCUUGGAUGAGUGAGAGUCCCAGCUCUUCUUCCGUUGUUCCUCGCGGCCCCCUGUCUCCUGAUAAAGCUCAUCGCGUUGGUGUCCGCUUGAGUGGUCUCCACAUCGACGAUCCAGGUUACAAUUCCCUUGGUAAGAGUUCGUCGCCAAAUAUUUCCGUCACAGACUCAAUUGCAACCACACCACCUUUGGAUACAAGCAACAUGAGCCCUUAUCAACAACUAUUUGUCCGACGGUUCACCCCUCUAGAUCUCAUUGGUGCAAUUAUUGGAACCUUUGUGACCACCCUCAUUCUCUUAUGUAUAAUAACAAGAUGCAUUCCUCACUGCUAUCAUCGAAAAGCUCUUACGUCAAAGAGUGCCCUGUUGCAGUAUGAGAGAAAGCAGGUUAUAGCACCAUUUUUGAAAGACGAGAAUAAAAGGGAUGUAGAGAACUCGGAGCAGAAUAAAUCUCCAUCUCAAGUGCAGCAGCUAAAUCACCACCAACAAAUGCAACAACAACAACAAUCUGCAUACUUUGCUGAGGCGGCUACUACUGUAGGAUCCGGUUCAGGUCCAGCAUACUGGCCAGUUCAGGACUAUGCAUACUCAACGCAUGAAUACGAUGUUCCUGGAAUGACGGAUCCUCUUGCAGGUGCUAUGCCUAUAUCGCCCCAUCCCAUGAUGGCAAUUCCUAAUGCUACAGGGACUCUAGUUCGCAGGGGACGCCCAAUAUCAAGCGCGAGCCUUCAUCAAAGUGCCAUCCAAACACCCUGUCUUUUCCCUAAAACGUCCAACUCUACAAAUGCACUCAUUUUACCCACUGUAGCAACGGUACCUCCUCUCGGUGUCAUUUCUUCUCCUUUUCUCCCCUUUGCUACUCAACCACCUCUACCAAAUCAACAACCCCCUAUUUACUUCAGUCAUAACCAACAGAUGUCCCUAAGUCAACUGCCCAAUGGACAGAUAGUCAUGACACCCUCUAUGAACAGGGGACUCAGCGGUCCAGUCUCUUCUAAACAAUCAGAGGAUGCUGAUGCCUGUGCUGAGAGCAGUGUGACAAGCUGCAAUUCGGAGAAGAGUGUAACGGAUCGGUUGCUUGGAGGUCCUACAACGCAACCACCAUCUUAA